AUGUUUACUGGUCAGAGAGUUAAGAAUGUUGCGGCCUUGAGGAGUAUUAAUAUGGUUACUUCAACUCCUUAUUAUGCACAGGCUAAUGGGCAGGUAGAGGCAGCGAAUAAGAUCCUAAUAAUGUUACCAUUAGAAAUUAAUUUGAAUACUUUAAGAGUAUCAAAACAGAAUGAUUUUCCAGUGGAUGAUUAUUGGAAUGCAAUGUUUGAUGAGUUAAAUGAAUUAGAUUCAGAGCGAAUCCUAGCACUCGAUAAUGUGAUUCGACAAAAAGAAAGUAUUGCUCAAAGUUACAAUCGUCGAAUUAAGGAAAAAUCUUUCAGGAUAUGCGAGUUAGUUUUAAAAGUCAUUUUACCAAUGGAAAAGAAAUCGAUGUUUUUGGGAAAAUGGUCUCAUACUUGGGAAGGUCCCUUUCAGAUAACAGGGACAUAUUCUGGAAAUGCCUAUCAGAUUAAAGAUAUCGAGUAA